CUUGAUGUCUGUUCAGUAGCCAAUAGCAAGAGAGUAGCUUACGGAGUAAAUCCUUCGCAAUCCUCAUUUAUUCCUUAGCAAAAGAGAAAAGUAAAAAAACUAAGGGUGGUAAAUUUUCACCGAUCAGUUACACUGCCAGUUGCUACAAUCAUUUGAAAUUACUAUAGUAAAGUUCUACAGCAUUUAUAAAAUAUCUCUGACUUUGUAAUUUUAAAAUUGUAUUUUAUAUUUUAUUAAAAAUUGAGUUUGAAAGGAUAACCUAUCAUAAUGCAAGGUACUAUUAUUGAAAACCUGAGCGGUAGAAAGCUCUCGGUACUUGUAACUAUUUUAAUAAUUGCACAAAUCGCCUGCUUUCUUGUUGGUGGACUUAUUGCUCCGAGACCGGCAAGUAAUCAAAAUAUUCUAGGAACUCAUUGCAAAGAUGAACGUGUUAAUGGUACUGAAGCAGAUCCAAAUAAAUGGUAUUGGACUAGAGGGGAAGGAUCUUGUGAAAAAGUUGAUUUGCACCUAUUUACUUAUGAUACAAAAUAUCAGAAUAAUGAUAUGCAUCAGUUUGAUUAUGAUAGUAAAUAUCAGGCUUAUCAAGUAGUUUUCAGUUUUCAAAUGCCUGUGCCAAAAAAUAAAGAAAUUCUGGACUAUUCACGUUGGCAACAAAACUUAAUUGGAGUAUUGCAAAUUGAAAUAGUUCAUCACAAUGAAUUUCAAAUAGCACCGAGAACUCCAAUAACACUAGACGCACGAUUAGCAUACAGAAAUAAGGGUGAUCCUGAUCAUGCAUGGAAACCAUAUGCUGCCUCGAGAAUCAAACGAUAUUUGGACUGUCCCAUUAAUUCUCCGAAAGAAAAUUACAACUACAACUGCGGAAUCAUUCCACUCUUUGAAUUAGGAUCUUUGUAUCAUGAUUACUAUUUGCUAAAUAUUCGUCUACCAAUAGAUACUGAAAAAAAUAUCAAUCAAGGUUUGGGACAUAUAACCGACAUAUUGUUAACUGUAAUAAAUCAGAAUGGAGGGUUCACUAAAGUUUGGGUUAGUCUGAAAACCAUCUUCUUCCCCAUUGUUAUUUGUUUCCUCAUUUGGUACUGGAGAAGAGUGCACUUAUUGUCAAGAUCCCCUGCUUUAUUAGAGUACAUGUUGUUAGCCUUAGGACUUGCAGUAACAUUCUUAAAUAUGCCAUUAGAAUAUUUAACUCUUUCGUAUGAUAUGCCUUUUAUGUUACUCCUGAGUGACAUUAGACAAGGAGUUUUCUAUGCCGUUCUUUUAUCAUUUUGGCUCGUUUUUGCUGGUGAACACUUGAUGAUUCAAGAGGGUGAACAAAGGAACAGUUUAAAAUGUUACUGGCGUCAUUUAAGCGCAGUUGUCGUUGGCUGUCUUUCUUUAUUUAUUUUUGACAUGUGUGAACGAGGUGUUCAAUUAAGAAAUCCAUUUUUUUCCAUUUGGGUUACUAAUAUUGGCACCAAAUUGGCAUUAUCGUUCAUUAUUUUGGCUGGUAUUUCAGCAGGAUUGUACUUAUUAUUUUUGUCAUACAUGAUCUGGAAUGUAUUUAUGAAUAUUAGCAUCAAAAGAGCAGCCUUACCGAGUAUGAGUUCAGCACGAAGAUUGCACUAUGAAGGAUUGAUUUAUCGUUUUAAUUUUUUAAUGGUAGCAACUUUGUUAUGUGCAUCACUCACAGUCGUUGGAUUUAUUCUUGGACAAGUUGCUGAAGGCCAAUGGAAAUGGGAUGAUGAUCUAGAAUUAGAAACAACUUCUGCAUUUUUCACAGGAGUGUAUGGAAUGUGGAAUAUUUAUUGUAUUGCAUUACUAUGUCUUUAUGCACCAUCACAUAAGAAAUGGCCCGCUGAACCUUCCGAUCAAAGCGUUAGCGAAGAAAUUGAAUUUGCAAGAUUACCGACUGAACCAAACGAAAUGUUAUCUUUAACAGCGUUUGCCCGUAAGACUGCAACAGAAUAAAUAAUGAUUAUAAAUGA